AUGGCGGCGGCGGCCGCUGCAGGAAGCGGGGCGCCCCGCGAAGAGGAGGGGUCCGGUGGGGAGGCAGCGGCCCCGCAGCCGCAAGCUCCGACGAGUGCGUCCGGGGCUCGUCUCUCGAGGCUGCCUCUGGCGCGAGUGAAGGCCUUGGUCAAGGCGGACCCUGAUGUAACGCUCGCGGGACAGGAGGCCAUCUUCAUUCUGGCACGAGCCGCGGAACUGUUUGUGGAGACCAUUGCAAAAGAUGCCUACUGCUGUGCUCAACAAGGAAAGAGGAAAACCCUCCAGAGGAGAGAUUUGGAUAAUGCAAUAGAAGCUGUGGAUGAGUUUGCUUUUCUGGAAGGUACUUUGGAUUGA